AUGGAGUGCUGCGUCCACUCCCCGUGCGGCCGCUACCUUGUGCGGUACAAGACCGAUACGGAGUCGAUGCGCAUAGACGUGGUGCCGAAGGCGUCCACCUUCGAGCCGUCGCCAGAGGUACACUACGUUGCGGUGUUGCGUGAGAGUCAUGUGCUGGAGAUCACCACAGCAGCCGGGGUGCGGAAGGAGUUUGCCGGCUUUGCGGACAUGACGUACAACGCCCUCAUCGGACGCUCCCCAAGCGUGAAGUUUUUUGUUGAAACAUGCGAGGAGAUGAAAAGCCGGAUUACGGCGGAGGUGGCGCAACGCGGCUGCGUGGCCUCUGACUCCCUCAUCGACGACAGCGACACGAGUCAACUCUCCGACACCUCGCGCAUGCAGCGAUUUUUCACCCUGGACUAUGACGUGGACUUCACACGCGCCGUAUUCCCCGUGCCGCUCCUGCAGAUGGCCACCGCGGAGGGGAAUGCGGCUGCGGACUCGCGGCGUUUGUCUUCGGUAGUCUCCGCCGAUCCUCGGCAGCAGCCGCAAUGCGCCGCGUUGCGGCACAACGGAGCAAAAACAAGGGCUGAGGCAGAUGAUGCCAACAAGGCCCAACUCGCGAGGCUGCAGACGGAGAACGAGAAGCUUAGACGCGAGAAUGAGGCGUUGGCAAGGCUGAGCAGAGAGAAGAUGCUGGAGAUGCAGCGGCUCUGUGAGGACUUUCAGCAGCGCGUGGAUGGGGCCUGUGAGUUGGAGCGGCUCAAGAAGAAGCUGUCAGGCCUUCGAGCGCGGCUUCGCCAGGCAGAGGCGGAGCGGGAUGAGGCGCACGCGGCCUUCGCCCGGCUGAAACAAAGGGCGCUGGUCUGCGGUGAGAAGGUGAAGCGGCGCUCCCGGUUUGACACGCCCUCGCCGGUGCCGCGGCGAUCGUCUUCGCGUCGGCUGGGCGACUCGCCCGCUCCACGUGGGCGCACUGGCGGCCGGCAGGGGGGGCGAUCCGCGACUGAGUUGCGUCUCCGCUCGCUGAGCCACGCCCGCGGGGGCGGGGCGACGCUGACGAAGAAGCGGCUGUGGGGGGACGGGGGUAGCAGCCGCUGCAGCAGUGCCUUCGGAUCGCAGUGCAGUUCGCGCAACAGCUGUGAACGGCUCUACCGCACCCCCACCGCCAGCAGUCGCAUGCACCAACGCGAGUCGCCGGUACACGUGCCGCGGCGUGCCGUGUUUCGAUAG